UACGACCAAAUCACGCACCUUCGCUCUCUUUUCCAUUGCAGAGCCCUCACGCUUCCGCAACCACCACCGCGUCCGUGAUCCCAUCCACCUCCAUCGCCGCCGCCGCCGCGUAUGCGCCGCCGGUGACCGGGAUCCAUGGCGGAGCCGGACCUACUCGCGCCCUUCGCCGACCUCCCCUUCCCCCCCGGCGACGAUUUCCCCGACUUCCCGACCCUCGGGGAUGACGCCUUCGCGCUGGAGGAUUUCGAUCUCGACGAUCUGGACUUCGACUUCGAUGUGGAUCUCUUCCCGCCGGAUGCGCCGCCGCCGGUGACGACGUCGUCGUCGUCCUCGGCCGCCGGAUCGCCGGAAGCGGGGACGUCGUCGGCCGGCGACGGGGGUUCCAAGAACGAGGAGUCCGCGGAUUCGUCGUCGCCGUCGAGGAGCGGGAGUGACGGCGGCGGCGGCAAGGAUGGGAAGGAUGAUGAGGCGAAGCGGCGCGCGCGGCUGGUGCGCAACCGGGAGAGCGCGCACCAGUCGCGGCAGAGGAAGAAGCAGUACGUGGAGGAGCUGGAGGGGAAGGUGAAGGUGAUGCAGGCCACCAUCGCCGACCUCACCGCCAGGAUCUCCUGCGUCACGGCCGAGAACGCCGCCCUCAAGCAGCAAUUGGGUGGCGCCGCCGGUGCUGGUGCCGCCGCGCCACCGCCGCCAAUGCCCAUGUACCCUGCGGUUUACCCAUUGCCGAUGCCAUGGAUCCACCCAGCCUACGCAAUGCGUGGCUCGCAGGUGCCGCUUGUGCCGAUACCCCGGCUCAAGACGCAGCAGCCUGCGUCCACACCGGAGCCACCGGCCAAGAAGGCCCGGAAGACCAAGAAGGUUGCAGGUGUUAGCCUGCUUGGAUUGCUGUUCUUGAUGAUGGUCUGCGGGUGUUUGGUUCCUGCGGUAAAUCGGAUGUAUGGUGCAGCGUACACUGGGGAAGGCGCUGCGAUUGUUCCGUCACAUCAUGGGAGAAUUCUGGCUGUUGAAGGGCCACAAAAUAGUGUCUCAAAUGGUGUUGAUCCGAAGGUACCUCAGAAUGGAAGCGAAACGCUGCCAGCUUUGUUAUAUUUGCCGAGGAAUGGGAAGCAUGUGAAGAUCAAUGGAAAUCUGGUUAUUAAGUCCAUUGUUGCGAGUGAGAAAGCCUCUUCCCGUUUGUCUAACUAUGGCGAGAAGGGUUCUGGAAACCAAGGAAAGGAGGAGACUAGCUUAGCAAUCCCUGGCUAUGUAGCUCCGUUAGAAGCUGGAGAAGUCAUGGAUUCUGCUAAAGGAAUGAAUGAACUGAUGGCUCUGGCUCCUGGAGAUGGAAGCAUAUACAGGGAGGAUGAUGGGAUGCUGCCGCAGUGGUUUAGUGAAGCAAUGUCAGGUCCCAUGUUGAACUCCGGGAUGUGCACUGAAGUAUUCCAAUUUGAUUUAUCUCCAACAACAGCUGAUGCAAAUGGCAUUGUGCCUGUCUACUCUGGGUCAGUGACUAACACGUCACAAAAUUAUACUGAAAAUCUUCCUUCUGGCCCUGUUCAGAAGGUGAAGAACAGAAGGAUUUCGUACUCAGAAGCCAUCCCUUUACGAGGUUCGACAUCCAAUGACACGGAUCAUUUCAAAGCACCCCCCAAGAACCAUAGUCAGAGCCAUGCUGGUCGUAAGCCAGUUUCGUCCGUUGUAGUCUCUGUCCUGGCUGAUCCAAGGGAAGCGAGCGAUAGGGAUGGUGAGGGGAGGAUCUCCUCAAAUUCUCUGUCCCGCAUCUUCGUUGUCGUUCUUAUAGAUAGUGUAAAGUAUGUAACAUACUCUUGCGUCCUUCCUUUCAAAAGCCAUAGCCCUCACUUGUAAUGUAAGCAAGUUUUACAACGUAAUCUGUAACAGAACGGAUCUCCAAAUGAGCUGACUUUAUUGUGCGAUGUUGAUAGACAUAUAGAGCCUUUUUUUUUUCUUUUUACUGGAUUACCAGUUUAUUGACAGGAAUGAGUGUUGGUUCCUUGUCUCUGUGCUUGUGUUUCCAUGCCUUUGUGAUGCAUGGUCUUGUUUGGAA